ACUGCUCUUACCACACAACAGAAACUAGCAGGCAUCAUUGGGCUCAGUUGCUGGCUUCCACUUCGGGCUUCAUUUCCACAGGGUCCUAUUAGUGGUGCUAAUAAAGAGAUUUCUAUUCUCCAAUGCCAUGGAGAUUGUGAUCCAUUAGUUCCCCUAAGGUUUGGUUCCCUUACAGCGGAAAAGCUAAAAACAUUAGUAAAUACAGCCAAUGUAACUUUCAAGACCUAUGAAGGCAUGAUGCAUAGCUCCUGUCAGCAGGAAAUGAUGGAUGUGAAGCAAUUCAUUGAAAAGCUCCUGCCUCCAGUGGAUUGAUGCCAGUAAGAGACCUCGUGUAGGAGGUACACCAGCAUCAUUACAGUAGAGUAGAAACCUGUUCCUGUGCCCAACUCUGAAACUAUCAUGUUUGCAGUGUUGAAAUGUUUGCAAAUAUAAGCCAGUGACAAACCAAAUAAUGCUUUCUUAUGGGAAACGUGUCAUCUUUUAUGUUUCUAGAUAUGUACUUGUAUAAUAUGAUCCAGAAUAUACUAGUAUUAAAAUAGAUGAAGCAGCAAGCUUCUUCUCAAAUGUAAUGCAGCAAAAUAAGAUAGUGAAACCAGAUUUUUUUUAUUACAUUAUUUGAAAUUUGUUGGUAUGCUUACUGGAAAUUUGUUCACAUAUAAAUGAACAGUUAUAAAUCAUUUGUGCAUGCUGUGACUUAAACUGUGGAUUUAUUUCAAAAUUGCUUAGUCACCAUGCAGUAUCUGUAUUUUUAUAUAUGCAUAAUGACUAACACAGAAAAAGAAUGAGAUGGAAUUACACUAUUUCUAAUAGUAGGCAUAAUGCUUUUUAUGUGUUAAUGAAAGAGUAAUAGUGUUACUUUUCUCAAGUAGUGGCCCUUUUAUUUUGCGGACCAGGCCUUUUUUCCUGAUGUCAUUUUUUAAAUAUUAUUUUCUCCAGAAAAAAAAAUGUUUUUUUCCUUUUUACCCUUCAUAGUAGACCAAAUAUUGCCUCUCUGCCAUAGACAUCUGCUGUUAAUGAAAGCUAUAACUUGACAUUAUAAAUUAUACAUAUGGUAUUUUAAAUGAAUUUGUAUUUUAAGAAAUAAGACAUCACUUAAAAUCUCUGCACUACUUAUUUCUGAAACUGUACUUUAGUCCUAGUUAUAUUUUUUAGUUGAGGUAACAGGAAUAAUUGAGUAGUUAUAUUUUUGUGUAAUCAUUUGAUAGAAGAAUUAGGUCUAUUCUGUUAUAUGUCCUGAAAUAUUUAAGACUUCAAUCUUAAAAAUUCUAAGUAACUUCUGAGAUAAUUUGGUCUAAGAUGAGAUUUCUUAUACUAUAGAGCUUACUUACUGUGUGCAUAUGUUUGAAACCAACUAUUGUAGAAAUUAGCAGUCUGUCAGAAUUUACUUGAAAUUUUGACAUAAUUCAAAUGAUAUUUAAAAUUUUGUUUUUGUGCAAACAAAAAAUUUAAGCAUUUGACAUUAGUCAAAAAUUUCAGCUUACAGAUAAUUGAAAAGCAAAUUUAUAGAUAUUAAAAGUUGGUUAAAACCCUAUGCAAAUGGUGUACUUACUAGACAGUAAUUGGCAAAAAUGUACGGUUUGUAUGUUUGAACUGUUACUUUUUUGUUGUUGUAUUGCAGCUGAUCAAAACAGUAUUAGAAGUGCAUCUUUGUAAAUGGGUGCUAAUUAUUCAUAGAAAUAAUUUAGUAAUGUACUAUGUAGAAUGUUAAUAAUGAAGCCAUAUGUUUAUAUCUGAAUUUUAAGAUCUUAAACAAUCAUUUGCUAAGUCAUUUUCCUUUAAGAAAUAUAAACUUGUUUUAGUUAUACAAAUUAGCAAAUUUUUAUUUAUUUCAUUGAAAUAUUUUGCUGUAAUGUGGGAAAAUGUAAAUCUUUUUCAUGAUUUCUAUCAAUGUGAAAUAAAAUUUAAUUCUCACA